UUGGAAGCUUUCAGCUCGAAGGACGUUGCCAUGCAGGUUCAGAAGAAGAUUCUGAGCCGCAUGGCCGGCAAGUCGAUGGUCCACAUGUUCGUGGACGACACGAGCAGCGAGAUCCUGGAUGAGCUGUACCGCGUGUCCAAGGAGUACACGGGCAACCGGGGAGAGGCUCACAAGAUCAUGAAGGACCUGGUGAAGGUGGCGGUCAAGAUCGGAGUCCUCUACAGACACAACAAGUUCAGUGCGGAGGAGCUGCAGCUGGCGGACGAGUUCAAGAGGAAGCUGCAUUUCGGAGCAAUGACAGCGAUCAGCUUCUACGAGGUGGAAUUCACCUUCGACAAGGCUGUGAUGUCAGAGAUACUCACCGACUGUCGGGACAUGCUUUUAAAACUGGUGGACAAACACCUCACCCCCAAAUCCCACGGGAGAAUCAACCACGUUUUCAACCACUUCUCCGACAAAGAGCUCCUGACCCAGCUCUACAACUCCAAGGGCCCGUUCUGGGGGCACCUUCAAAAGAUCUGCACGGCUAUGAACAAACUGGUGGAGGAGGGCAAGCUAUAGGGCGCCCCCUUGUGGAGACAGGGUGGAACUGCUACUGA